AUGGCGUUCUGGUACCUGCAUGGGGGUUCCCCCAGUCAUCAGAUUGAGAACACUGCGAUACAAGCUGCACGGGUGAUUGGAGGAAGUGUGAUCGUGGUCCAAGGUGACAGAGCUGUCUUCCCCUGUCUUCUCACUGAAUCCACUGAGAGCCUGACUCAGAUCACAUGGCAGAGGAAAACCAGACAGAUCCAGUCCAACGCCAACUUCUUCACAAUUUUGCCUUCAAAUGGUCCGAUUUUUUUCAAUGGGCACGAUGAGAGAUUCAAAUUUCUUGGAAAUAUUUCCAUGGGAAAUGGAUCAUUACAGCUGUCCAAUGUGUCAAUGUCUGAUGAAGGGACGUACACAUGCAUAUUUACUUUGUUUCCUAGCGGUAAUUUCAAGACCGAGAUACCGCUGAAUGUACGAGUACCUCCUAAAAUAUUUCUGAAAGACAAUUUCCUUGUUGUUGGGAAUGAGGAGGUAGUUGUUGCCUCUUGCACAGCUGCUGAUUCUUGGCCUCCAGCAACAGUGGACUGGCGUUUAGGAAAUGUGUCUGAAUUGUUACGAAUAACUUACGACUCCACUGAUAACGCAGAUGGCACCAGCACAACAAUCAGCACAUUGUUGGGGACUCCCACAAGAAACCUCCACAACCGUCAUGUACAGUGUGUGAUAAAGAGUCCAGCAUUUCCUGAUGGGCGCACACUACCUCUCAUCCUCCAGGUCCAUUUUCCACCGAGUGAAGUCACAUUGAAAGAAAUAUCCAAAACCUCAUUUGAAUGUCUGAGUGAAGCCAACCCCAAGCCAAACUACACCUGGAGCCGAAUUGACUUCUCGUGGCCAGACUCUGCAGUGGAGGCCAGUGGUGCAGUGCUGGAGAUUACCAGACCCUCUGCACAAGUCAACGGCCUGUAUCUGUGCCAAGCCACCAACACGUACGGGACGCAGCAGGGCCACCUCUAUCUGGCUUUAUCUAGUGGAGGAACCUCUCUUGCUGGCUGGAUCUUAUUCUUUAUUUUACUUUCUGUCACUUUUGUUUUUGUUGCAUGGUGGUACUACAGGUCGAAUACAAAGUUUGUGGUGCCCUGUUUGAACACACAAGAAAAUGAACCCAAUCAACAGUGGACGGCGGUGAAGACAGAAGAACAGCAUGUGCCUUUAGGGGCCUCACCUGUGUCUGAGGAGCAGGCAGAGGUGUAG